CUUGGAGAGUAGGUGAAGGAGGCUAGGUCAGCAUAUGGGUGCGACUUUUACAAUGUAGGCAGACCAUCUCAGACACGAAAUCGGGUAACCAGAUUCACAUGUGACCUUUCACCUCCCGAUAGGUUGACCUUUCACUCCUUGGUUCGCUUGGAAGACGCUUGCGGGAUUGUGUGAAGGUAAAAAUCAACACUGGAAGCAGGUAAGACAUGAUGGAACCAGGUAAUGGGUCUCCCACUGCUGUUCCACCGAACUUCAGUGGUGCGUCUCCUACUGGAGUUGUAUUGGACGGAGAUGCAAGCAAGUUUGGAGACAAGCUGGCAGGAACUAAAACCAGUUUGGACAAUCAGCCAGAAACACAUACUGGAGACAAGCCCUACAUGUGUGGGGAGUGUGGGUACAGGUCAGCUUGGAAGUCUAAAUUAUCCAUACAUAUGAGAAUGCAUACUGGUGAGAAACCCUACAAGUGCGACCAGUGUGACUAUUCUGCUGCGGUGAAAUCUACCUUGGACCAACAUAUAGCCAAACACACUGGUGAGAAACCCUACAUGUGUGAGGAAUGUGGGUACAGGGCAGCUCGGAAGUCUACGUUAUCCAAACACAUGAGAAGUCAUACUGGUGAGAAACCCUACAAGUGUGACCAGUGUGACUAUUCUGCGGCACGGAAAUCUAGCUUAGAUAGUCAUCACACAGUCAAACACACCGGUGAAAAGCCCUACAUGUGUGAUGAGUGUGGAUACAGGGCAACUAGGAAGGCUCACUUAUCCCAACAUAUGAGAACUCAUACAGGUGAAAAACCCUACAAAUGUGACCAGUGUGAGUUUUCUGCUGCAUACAAGUCAAGCUUGUACAAGCAUCGAACCAAACACUCCGGUGAGAAACCCUACAUGUGUGGGGAGUGUGACUAUUCUGCAGCACUGAAAAGUACUUCGCACCAACAUGUUGCCAAACUCACCAGGGAGAAGGUCUACAUCUGUGAUGAGUGUGGGCAUAGGACAGCAGACAAGCGUCACCUAUCCAGACAUAUGAGAACUCAUAAAGGUGAAAAACCCUACAUGUGUGACCAGUGUGACUAUUCUGCAGCACAAAAAUCAAGUUUGGACCAACAUCUAACAAAACACAGUGGAGAGAAGCCCUACAUGUGUGAUGACUGUGGGUACAAGGCAUCUCAUAAGUCUAACUUAUACCGACAUAUGCGAACUCAUACUGGUGAAAGACCCUACAAGUGUGACCAGUGUGACUUUUCUGCAGCACACAAGUCCAUUAUGGACAGUCAUCAAGCCAAACACACUGGAGAGAAACCCUACAUGUGUGGGGAGUGUGGGUACAGGUCAGCAGACAGAAGUCACCUUUCAAGACAUUUGAGAACUCAUACAGGUGAAAAACCCUACAAGUGUGACCAGUGUGAUUAUUCUGCUGCAGAGAAAUCCAAGUUAAAGCAACAUCAAGUAAAACACACCGGUGAGAAACCCUACAUGUGUGACAGGUGUGACUAUUCUGCAGCACAGAAAAUCAGUUUGGACUCGCAUAUAGCUGCAAAACACACUAACGAAAAACCCUACAUGUGUGAUGAGUGUGGGUACAAGGCAUCUCAUAAGUCUAACUUAUACAGACAUAUGCGAACUCACACUGGUGAAAGACCCUACAAGUGUGACCAGUGUGACUUUUCUGCAGCACACAAGAACACCAUGGACAGUCAUCUAACCAAACACACUGGAGAGAAACCCUACAUGUGUGGGGAGUGUGGGUAUAGGACAGCGGACAGAAGUAGCCUUUCAAGACAUUUGAGAACUCAUACAGGUGAAAAACCCUACAAGUGUGACCAGUGUGAUUAUUCUGCUGCACAGAAAUCCAAGUUAAAGCAACAUCAAGUAAAACACACCGGUGAGAAACCCUACAUGUGUGGGGAGUGUGGGUACAGGACGGCUUACAAGGCUAACUUAUCCAGCCAUAUGAGAACACAUACUCGGGUAGAAAGUAGUAAGUAAGCAUUCAGUUGCCUUGAAAUCAGAUAUAUGUCAACUAACCAAGCACGCUAAAUAGAAACCCUAAAUUUGUGCGGAGGGCAGGUUAUCCAGCCAUACAUAUAUAUGCACAAAUUGUAACAGAGUAGUAGUAGUAGUAACCUUUAUUUAUACCAGUAAUGCCCUAGAGAGAAUGGAUGUAAGAACACUAGUGUUACUUGUGUUCCACCAAUGUGUGAGAAUAAACCUUCUCACAGUUCCAAGUGCUCAUCUACGGUUGUGGUGCAUUGUGGGCUAAUGUCAUAGUUUAAGGUGCCUUAUUUGUAAACAGAUAUUUAUGGAGGCUUGGAAGACUUUAUUUAGAUCACAGCGAAAACAAUACAUGCACAUGUACAUAGUGUAAAGAAUCUUGCAAAAGAGAGGAGCUUACUUUGUUAGCAGUACUGUAAGAGUAAAGAAUAAGGAUUAGAUUCUGACGCCUGACUUUGUAUUAACAUCCUACAAACGAUAACGCGGUAUCUGUAAAUGUACUUAAAACUACAACAGAGAGGAGUAUGCUUAGUUACAUGUACUGUAAGAGUAACGAAUAAGAAGGCGGUGUAACUCAGUAAGGAAGUCAUUUCCGUCAAAUCUAAUACAGACUAUUCUGACUCCUGACUUUGUAUUGGCACAACUAUUUUCUCCCUAUCAAGCACAUUUACUAAUUCUGCACCUAGUACUUUAUGUCUGUUGUAUUUGUAAAAAGACCUACAACAUGGUAAUUUAAGUCUUAA